AUGUCCCAAGGUGUUCUCCACAAGAGUCGCAAGGUCCAAUUAAUGAAGUAUUUGUCUCCGGAAUUCCUCAGAAAACAUCGGACUGGAUUUGUUAAUCUCAUCAACGACCACAUGCUGAGAUGGUGUUCGGAACCAUCCGUCGACAUUUAUCUAGAAAUAAGAGCACUAUUCACUGAAAUGGCGGCGAAAUUUCUAGUGGAUAUUGACUUACCGAUGGACACCAACCGGAGGAUCAAAGUGUUGUACCAGCAGUUCACUGACAAUAUCUUCUCUCUACCAAUCAACCUACCAGGAUUUGGCUUAUACAAGGGACUCAAGGCAAAGAAAGAACUGAAGAAAAUAUUUGCUGCCAUUAUGAAUAAGAAAGGGGGAAAUGUUAGUGAACUCCCGUCCGUGCUACAAGCUUAUGGGGCCGAUCUUGUCCAGCAAGCGAACCCUGGUGAUGAAAAGUUAUUAGACGCCAUUGUGGAACUAAUGUGGAACGCCAGCGAGACAGUCAGCAGUGGCGCGUUCGCCAUCAUCUAUCAUCUCACGCGGAACCCAGCAGUGUUACAGAAAGUUCGCGAGGAUCUCGAAAGCCAAAGGCAUGGAAACGCGUCAGGUCUUUGUUACUUGGAUUGUGUGGUGAAGGAAGCUCUAAGGAUUACUCCACCUGUUGGCGGAGCAUACCGGAAGGUCACAAAGUCUAUCAUAAUGGAGGGGUACGCUCUUCCUAAAAACUGGACAGUGAUCUGCGGCUUCCGAGACACGCACGAGAAUGACGUCACACUCACAGACCCCGACAGAGUUUAAUCCCGAUAGAUGGCUUAAACCACUCCAGGGUGAAGACAGAGCGGCAUUCCUAUCAUUUGGAGGUGGUCUCCGGAUCUGUCCGGGAAAGAACUAUGCUAUGGCGGUACUUAAGCUGUUUACACGAGAAUUGUGUGAUAGGUAUGCUUGGAAAUUCCUCACAAAACACCCAGAACUAGUUCUUUUUCCAGCUCCAAAACCGAAAAACACACUGCGAGCAUGUUUUUUCGACAAACUCGGUAAAUCUUAUUAACGUUCGUGAUGACAGAUAAUGGUUAUUGUGUUUUCCCGGUGAUUCAUUUGACAUGGAGAUAACUAAAUCAAGAACGAUUUUUAAUAUGACAGAAAACGACAAUAACUUUGUUUAAUUUUGAAAUUACUGAAUGAACAAGUGUUGCAUUUUUUUGAUAACUGUGGUUUAUCGUUGAUAACUGUGAUAGAGAUGCCACUGUGGUUCAUUGGUUGAUACAUGUAACAUACGUGUGGUCCAUUGUUUGAUAACUGUCAUGGUUGUGUGGUUCAUCGAUUGAUAACUAAUAUGUGUGGUUCAUUUGUUGAUAACUGUAAUGUAUGUGUGGUUCAUUUGUUGAUAACUGUAAUGUAUGUGUGGUUCAUUGUUUGAUAACUGUAAUGUACGUGUGGUUCAUUAGUUGAUAACUGUAAUGGGUGUGUGUUUCAUCGAUUGAUAACUGUAAUGUAUGUGUGGUUCAUUGGUUGAUAACUGUAAUGGGUGUGUGGUUCAUCGAUUGAUAACUGUAAUGUAUGUGUGGUUCAUUGGUUGAUAACUGUAAUGUAUGUGUGGUUCAUCGAUUGAUAACUGAAAUAGGUGUGUGUUUCAUCUAUUGAUAACUAAUCUAUGUGUGGUUCAUUGGUUGAUAACUAUUGUGUGUGUGUGCGGUUCAUUGGUUGUUAUUUAUGUAGAUAAACUACUUCAAUUUUGCGAAGGACAACCUUUUUAUAUACAGAAACGAAACAUACUCAACAAAAAUGAUUGUGUUUACACUUCCGGGUACUGCUGCUGCCAUCUAUACACAUGAUCUGAAGUGGACGUAUACCGGUGAUGUUUAUUUCUGUCCUUUUGGACCAAUAAAUUUUAUAGAAAAAAAAUACUCUUCUGGUGUCUAUCUGACUGAUUGACUUGUUAUUAUAAUCUUUCGAGCAUAUUGAUCCCGAAAUGAGGUAGUUAACACUCAACCAGAUACUUUGGUUAUUGGAGUGGAUAUCUAGCCGAAAUCACGAUUAUACGGAAUGUCAGGGGAAAAAAGCACGUUAUCAUUUAUCACAAAAUGGCGGACUGGUGAUCAAAGCCAUGUAUCAGAACAGAAGCCCCAAGUCGAUCAGAAGUAUUGGAUGCUGCCGGGAAGGCAAAAAAAGGAUUGGACAAAAAUCACAACAGCAUCUACGACUUCCUGAAUCAACGUGAAUCUGUCAAAAACCACCGUUAAUUAGCAGGAAACCUUCCUGGCACCUGAGAAACGCCCCCGUGCUUUCUUUAUCAUCUUGGGGUGUAAAUUGGUAUGCACAGAGUUAGUUCACAUUCUACUUUUAGAUAUAUAUAACAUACCUUACCUAUGAAUUGUAAACGGGAAAUUUGAAGGUAAUUAAAUAAAAAGAAAUCCAUAAGAGAUUAUGAAGUUUAGCUUUGAAAUGUGUAGACAUGCAGGGUUAUGGUAAAAUAUCAAAGAGGAAUGAACAAGGACGCAACUUAUUGAUAACAAGUUUGCAUUACCUAAGAGCAAAGGUAUAAGAUAAAGUAUAAAUAUGGCAGCAUUAACCAACUUUUUGUUUGUUUGUUUGUUUUUAUUUAACGUCCUAUUAACAGCCAGGGUCAUUUAAG